AUGACUAGCUCGGAGCGCGACGCCGAAUGGCGCAAGUUCUCGAUGCUUUGCAACGAAUUGCGCCGCGUCAAGAACUCCAAGGGCGUGGCGAGUGCCGUGGAGAAGCUACAGUCCUUCUUGAGUGACGACCGCAGCCGCCAGCUCGUGCAUCGCUGGCGUAGUUGGGGCUUUUUGCUCAACUGCCUCUUACAUGUGCUUAAGGAGGAAAUGCGCGUGUAUCUAAACGUUGGAGGCGCCGGUCGCAAGCGUAAGUCAAGUGCACGCCCUAAGAUGCCGCAGCUGCGCUACUGGCACUACCUGCGCACGGAGCUGGAGACGGCGCAUGUAGCAGCGGACGGACCCAUGUUGCACUUGGACCCUAAUGGCAGGGACUGUAUCUGCCAGUUAUUCACCUUCUCGGUUGCAAUAAUAGACCGUCAGACGCCCAUAGAGUUCGACCGAAGCUUCGAGACGCUCGUGGACAAGGAAGCGUGGCUCACAGUGGAGGUUCUAGUGCAAUAUCGCGUCUAUUGUGCCGUACUGGACUACAAAGACUGGAAAAAUAUGCUGCAGCUCGCUCUGGGCAGUAUUAGCCCUAAAUUCGACGCAAAUUUGAUCGGAGAUGUAGACACCGCAGCCACACGAGCCAGAGUCAUCAGAUUCUUAGUGAGAAACUGUCCGUUUGACUUGAACGGAGACGUGCUGGCAGGCCUCGUGGAGGAGAUUGAGAACUGGUUUGAGGCCGGUAAAGGCGAGUCAAUGGAGAGAGACGCCGAUAGUUUAUUGCUGGUAAUUGCGUCGACGCUGCUGGAGACGCUGACGGACCUCAUGAGGACGUAUUUCGGAUCUAUGGGGCCUUAUUUAUUAAAGCGUGGAGUCACGAUACUGGAAUUUAUUGUCAAGUCGAAUAAAGCUAGGAAGAACGGACUACGAGGAGCUCCAGCGGAGUUUCUAAUGCUGUUUUUCGAGCUGUACCGCCAUAACGAGGCUCCAGAGCCGGAAUUUUGCUAUUUGCCUCCUGCUAAACUCCUGCGUGAGAUGAAGAAAGUGGUUCAAGUGGCGAUGGGGACUGAUGAGAUCAAUUUGUUGAUGACUCACUUUAAUUCAGCCAGAGAACAGCGCCUGGGCAAUGCGCUGGGUAUCGACGACCAAGGGAUAAGGCAUUUGGCGUGCACAGCAGAUAUCAUCUUCUACCAUGAUUGCUUGGUAUCGGAUCAGAUGCAGACGAGUGGGUCUUUUACGCAAGAGGAGGACUUGUUUGACCCAGUUGUGGUAGGGAGCAAGCGUCCGAGAUCCAUCUCUACUGCUCUAGCGUGGGAGACUGUGAUCGAGCAGUUCUACGACAGUCCACGGACAGAUACGCAGCUGAUGACAGCGAGUUCAGCUUCCCCUGCGUCUCAACGACACUCAUCAACGGUAUCGUAUUUAUCGAGAGGCUCGUCCCAGACUCAGCGGACUGAAGCGAAGCAGAUCAACGACUCGGGCUCCUGGCUGCUCUUGCUCCUGUCAAUUCUAAGUCGUCACGGCGACUAUUACGUGCGUAAUCGCAUUGGAGAUCUAAUGAUGGUCAUGCAGAAGCUCAGCGAUAUGCUGAUCGUCAAGGAAAUGGGCAAGUGGCAAGCACUGACGUUGCAGAUCUUAAUCCAACUGGCUGCUCUCUCGGCUAGACAUCGCGAAGGGUGUGAUGGGAACUUGAACGAGCAUUGGGCGAGUGUGUGGCGCAAUUUGCUUCGUCCCGAGCUGCCAUACACCCGCGUUACGGAGGGGAUUGGACUGAUGCGAGGUCAAGCUGGCGACGCUGUGCUCACGCUGAUCAAUUGCUGUAUUUCUUUCGGGCUUGUCUCGGAAAAUAUCAUCGAAGCUAGUAGCACAGUACUGUGGAAUUUACCUGCUUUUCGACAGCCAAGCGCUGACACUCCUGUGUCUCGUGGAGAUCGGAUGAGGCCUUAUGCAAGAACGUCGAUGGCUUCCGUUUGCACGUUGCUCUCCCUGCUGCGUCACGUACAAGUACCAGCGGGAGCUAACUCGCCCGCAACUUCAUCGCAAGGACCUGAAUUGUUAUCUGCUGGCGAAGAAAUCUUCAGAAGCGAGCAUGAGUCGGUGCAGACGAGGCUUCUUCGAUCAGUAUUUGAUCAUCUACGAGCUCAAGUCUUUCGUGGGAACACAACGAUGGCAGGAAAGUCCACGAAUUCGCUCACCAAAGUGGAUUGGCAGACGGAGAUGUCUUCCUUGGUCUACGCUUGGGUCAUCCAGUCAUUCUUUGGACACAAGAACUCGUCGAUGGACACAAGAGAGACGAUUUUCACGCCUGAAUUGAUUCGCAAGCUGUCUGCGAGAAAUGUCGACGAGUGUGACAGCUUCGUCACUGGGGAGGAGCUCAAUGGCUUUGGCGUGGCGUUCUGUAUGCUUGAAACGGGACUAGAUCAUCUCUCCAUGGCUUUCCCACAGUCGACGGGUGUCAAACCUUCAGCAUUUUCUGCCGCAACUCACGCGUUUGUUGGCGAGAAUGUUGAAUCGGGUGACGCAAGCUGGCACGACGGAGUUAAAUCAUGUGCGACGAGAACUGAAGACCAGUUUAAGCGACUUGCUGUGCCGACUGGUUUGAUGAAGAAGCUGAUCCUACCACAAGAUUCAAACCGCAUGCUGUCUCGUGACUGUGUUUGUAGUACUGCUUAUUCUCAGUCAAUCUCGACCGAGCGAGCGACAGCGCUUCAAACGAAUGUCAUCGAUUCGUUUUCGGACUUGCUGUCGGAAAUCUCGAGCAAGUUGCCGUCUAAUGGCUGCAACCCGAUUAAAGGCUUGCGGGUGCUCUCAAACUCACUGGAUGUUGGCCUCGUUCUUGCUGCACUCUACGCUGAAGGUGGCUCGGAUAGCUCCAUGCGGAAGGAGAAUCGUCUUCGUGUGUUGCCGAUGCUCAAACAUUUCUUUGAGAUCGUUGCAAGUUAUUUGAAGCCAAGCGUGAUCAAGCAAGCACAGCAAAGCCAGUCGAUGUCGGAGAGCGUGCUGCAUACGUUAAGAAAGCUGCACACAGUCAUCCUGGUCUCCCAAGGGCGAGAAACUCUAGCGAAGUGCCAUCAUCCAUCAGCAGAUCCGAUCGAGUUACGCACGCCGCCAGAUCUCCGUCCAUCGAUUAGAGCUAUCGUCAGUAUGUUAGAGGAAUCCCUAGCGUCUCUCAGUGGCGGUGGCGACACUCCAAGUAACCCUCCGACGCCGACGCUGUCUCGUCCGCGUACUGGCUUCAGCUCGCUUCGCACGUCUCGCUGGGAGUCCACAGCUAACCGCCAAACCACUUCACAGCACCCAAGCCAGCCGACACAAAGAGACUGGGAUGUCAUGGACGACGGAGAGGAAGACGACAUUGCGCGUGACCGUUCUCCAAGUCGUGUGCUUCAAAAGACCAUUGGCUUGUGGUCUUUCCGCGUGAUCUUGCUUCUCAAAAAGGACAGCGGACUCUCGUCAGUGAAGAAGCAUGUGCAGGCGAUUCAGUUUGACCCCGAUUUUGUGCUGGCCGUGGCAGUUCUGCUGUGUGGCGUGACUGGCUCCGACAGCCUCGAAGCAUUCGUCACACUGAUUGACUAUGCAGCUGACGAAGGCAUGCGAGACAACGGCACGCUGUCAACCACACGUGGAGGCAGUUGCAGAGCAGCAAUCUUCCUCUCUCAAGUGCUGUCUGUUCUACUUCUCUCCGGGUUGGUACAUGAGACGCGGAAGUAUCAGCACGACGAGCAGCCUCCUGCGGCCUUAGUGGAGUGCGCGAAGAAGCAUCUCAAGUCUAUGAGCGAUCUGACACUUAGGAAGAGUGUACGGAUGGCUCGUCGGUCGGAAUUGCAGUGUCUGGAGGUGUUUUUCCGUCUCCAUUCGCGGAAGUUUAGUGUCUUUGAGGACUUAUGCGUGGAUGGUUUGACUGACAGCGACACGAGUGUGCGUUCUAUCGCGGCGCGCGGUCUUCAGACGGUGUAUUAUAUGUAUCCACAAGGCGGCAAGAAGAUCUGUAAACACUUCGUCCAAGUGCAGGAGUCGCUGCUAGACGCACCCGCAAACACAAAUGAGAACGUAGUCGCAGUCGAUGGAGAGCAGAUACACGCACGGCAAGGCAGUCUCGACCCUCGACUGUGUAUCGACAAGUGCUUACCUGUGUUGCUGAGCUUGUACGUGAGCGCGUGCUCGUCCCAGACUGCGCUUCCUGAAGUGCUUAACGCUUGUGUGGAGAUGGCAUCAACGACAGUGUCGCUGUACGGCGUCGGAACCCCGUCGCUGGUCUCUCAGUGGCUAAAAGCGAUCGCGUUGUUCUACGGAUACGCAAGCGUGUCAGACUUGCUGGACGAUCACUUCUGCCAUCUGUGGCAUCGCUUUAUAACUUCGAGUCAUCGAAGAGCUCCCCAAAACGAUGAAGAAGACGGGACCGAGUGGAUGAAGACCGACCCACUAGCUCCUCUUCCUGACGGCAAAUCUCUGCUGCUACAGUUCCCGCUGUCGACUCUGCUCGGCGAAGAGCUUGACGUGAACGCUCAACGAGCGCAACUUGUGAAGAAACUGGACAUGAUCAUUCCUAUUGGUGUGCUGCACAGCUUCAUCUCGAGCGAUCGCUCCGACGUUAAGGGCGGCCAGUUCGGGUUUGUAGAUGAGCUGCUAUCGUGCUUCUCGGCUGAUAACGAGAGACAGUCUGAGCAUGUGAUCUCAGAGGUUGGCGCGCAGUUGACGACGGAUCUAUUCGCCUACUCGUUCAUCUUGUUGGCGCAUCCAGACCCAGAGCUAAAGAAACUGGCGCAGCAGAUGAUUGACGUCGCAGAGGAGAGAGCACAAGCGGGGACGCUGUCGUUGUCGCAUCUUGGACAUAUUGCGAGCAAGAUGGCGCGCUUUACGGUGUGGGAUAUCAUUCAGGGGAACGAGGAAAAGCUCAUUACUCAAAGUGAAUUGUGGAAAGAUGCGCUGAAAGCCAUGAAAGAAAAAUACUCCGAGUUUGACUGGAAGCUGAUCAAUAUGGCCGAUCUACUGAGCGAGUUCUACGUGCUUUUACUACGCACUGAACUGUACGACCCGAGCGCGGAAUGUGCAGUGGAUUGCUUCAAGAUCUUUGUCGUGGAGACGCGUGAAGCUGUGGCGGAGAGCCCUUUGCUACAGCAUCUCCUGCUGUCGAUCUGUUUUCAGUCAAUCAAACACUUGGCUGUCCGGAGUCGUCAAAGGAUCGGACACGUGCUGUCUCUACUUGUUCGGGAGAGCUGCGAGAGCUGCAUGAAGAGCGCAGACAUGUUCGGAAAGUAUCUCGGCUUUGUCGUACAGGAGAUCAGCGGCAUUUUAUCCAAGUGUAACGCGCCUACCGAGCACAAGACACGACUUUGUUUGAGCGCAGACGACCAAGCAGAGUUGGAGUGGGUUAUCUUUGCUGUGUGCAAUGACUUGGGAAGUGGACUCGGCAAAUAUGCGCUUGAUAUUGACAUCGUCCCGGAUGGUAUUUCAGCGAGUCUGGACAAGCUGAACGCGUUGAUUAUCAACAGUAGGAAGAUUGUUUCGACCGAGGCGAGUGGGAAAGAAGGCAAAACCAAUGUGCCACGUCCAUUGAGUGGAGGCAGACGGAACCGAGCGAAACAGCAGAUCCAGAUGUUCAUUCAAAGGGAACAAGUGCGUGGAGCCAAGUUCUACAACCCGCUGCCGUUUAAUGUGAUCUCUGACAAGGCGAUCGUCAAAGCUUCCACUCAAACUGCAGCCAGUUUCGUGACGGAUGUGCGUUUGUCAGCUGUCACUUCGAGCAUCGACACGGUACGAGAUUCCAGUCAACCUGCGAGGAAGUUGUACGGGAAACUGGCCCAUACUCUGCUGUAUUUGAGCUUGUCGGGUACCUUUGGCAGCGAACACUGCGAGCGUGGAGAAGGCAUGGCGAGUCUGGCAGAUGCGUUGGGCGAACUUGGAGCACUGGACGCCAGCGAGUACGAGCUCAGUCCCUCGGAACAGGACGGGGAUCUGUCACGCUUGUAUCGAAGACACUUCCGUCGAGGUGCACUUCGAGAGAUGAAGACGACGUACUCUUUGGUGAUGCAUGAGAACGUGCUCGUGUAUUUGAGCUCGUUGUUUUUCGAGGGAGCGAGGUCUGGAACUGUCGAUCCGACAGUACUGGAGGAAACGUUGAAGACCUUGAAGAACGUGCUCAGUGUCGACGUGGGUGUGGCAGCGUUAGCUCGAAGCAAAGAUGGGGAACUCAAGGCGUUCUUGGAGCCGUUUGUAAGCUCGUCGCCUUCCAACUGGUCUUCGGCAGCUCCACACUACGGGGCAGGUUGGGAGGUAAAGCCGAAGCGCACGUCGCGACAAUUUCUGGAGCUUUGGACAUCUGCAGAGGAGCUGGGCUUCGCAGCAUGGGUUUGCUCCUUAACUGCGUGCUUGACCAGAGAGUCUUGCGAUCCGAUGUUGAAAGCUUGCUCUGCGUUGUGUGCCGUGCGUGUUGACUGGGCCGUUUUCCUAUUCCCAUACGCGCUCGAUAGCAUUCUGAGGAUACGUGACGAUGGCAAGAACGAAGAUGACGAGACGAAGGAGGACAGUCCUGGGAAGGAGGCGUUGUGUCGGAUAUCGAAGAUAGCGAACCAAGGUGUGAGAUUUGUCUUAACUGGUUCAACUGACAAGAGCGGUUCAUCAACGAGAGAACCAAGCAAUCCGCAGCCACUGGAAGCUGUGCAGCUUGUUGUUCACGGCAUCAAUUUCCUCCGAGAGACAGACAAAGCUCGGUUUGUGGAGACGAAUGGCAGAGGUCAGCAGAAAUCAGGGAAGACAAAAGUCUCGAAGCAACAACCGAGUAACGAUCUGGCGUAUGGUUGUUUGGUUGAUGUGGAUCUCCUGGCUGUUGCGAAGGCUGCGGUGAGAGUUAAGAUGCCGUACUCAGCGAUGCAAUACGCCGAGAUGUGGCUGGAAGAGAAGAACGGAGGGAAAAUCACGUCGCUGUCUUCGUUAGAUAACGACGAAGUGGGGACUACUCUCCGUGAGAUUCUGGUGGAGGCCUACAGCUUUGAUAGCGACGAUGACGGUAUCUACGGGGUCAACGAUGGACGCACCAUGAAGUCUCAGCUGGUGAAGUACAACCGCGAGGGCGAGUACGCCAAAGCUCUUCCACUUUACGAUGUCUCACUGCAGUUCUCAAGCCAGCAGACCGGCGACGAGGUGGGGAAUAGUAACCCGCCUCGUCUUGUGGAAGGUAUCCUGACGUCUCUGCAUUCGCUUGGGUACAACCAUCUACUGGCAGGUUAUCUGCAGUCUCUACAGCUCAACGAACACGGCGUGCGUCCGGCUUCUGCGUCUGCCCAAGCGGUUGAGAACAAGUACAAACUCGCGUGGAAAAGCUUGCAAUGGGAAGUUGUUCUGCCGUCGUGGAGCACGAGUUUCUCACAGCAACAUACGAUCUAUCAGAGCUUGCGAGCCAUAGCUCACGGGGAUUUUACGCACUUGCAACGCGUGACGACAGACGCCAAACAGCAGAUUUUGCAGUCUGUGCAACUGAGUUUGCAUUCGUUUGAAAGCACCAAGGAUUCGUACUCGGCGCUGGUGGAUCUUCAGGCGAUUCACGAGAUCGAAGAGCUAGCGAAGGCAGUUCGAGCGUUAAAAGCGACUCGAGCUUCGUGCAUCCGCGCGACUACAAGCAUAACAGGCUUGCGGCCGUAUUCGUCACUGGACGAAGCGUUAGUCGUCUCUCGAGUCGAAGCUUUGACCGCGAUGCCGUUGCUGGAACGAUGGCGACAACGACGCGGACAGAUCAAGAACGACUUUGACAAGGCGGAAAGUUUGUUGGCACUGGAAGAAAUCCUCCUUCAAGUCUCGAAGCCGGUCGACGCCGCUCAAGUGAUCACGAAGGUGUAUCUGAAUCUGGCUUCACUCAGUCGUAAAGCUGGACGGACAGCCGUGGCUUACAGAGCCUUGAUGAAGCUCGAAGAGCUUGAGACACGUGGCUCGUUGAGUAUCUACGAGACGAUGCAGUGGCGGAUACAGAAGGCCAAAUUCAUGUGGAAGCAACAAGAGUCUCGUAGUGCCAUUUGGACAGGCAAGAAGAUCUCCGCCGACUUGGCUUCACAUCUACACGAUUCCACGCUCUCUGCGACUGAAGUGACGUCGUUGCUGCUGCUACAAGUGAAGGUGCUGACGAUUACAGGCAAGUGGAUUGCAUGUCAACGCUCGGAGAGCUCGCAAGUGAUUCUCGAGGAUUUCUUCACCAAAGCGACGGACAUUAUCAGCAAUAUGGACGCCGAGGCGAUCGCAGAGCGAUCAAGAGAUGCAGCAAAGGCUCAUUUCGCGUUGGCAGAGUUCAUGGCUGCCAUGUACCAGCAGGUGAGUGCUCGAGUGACGUCUCGGGAGUGGCUAGCCGGUAAAAGGGUGGUCAAAGCUCGACACGAUGAGCUACAAGAACUACAAACGAUGGAGCAGAAGAUGCAGAAUGAGAACCGAGCGCAUAUUCACGCGCUGAACAAAGAAGUUGUCCACGAUAUGAACGAGCGGGCCAAAGUGGAGGCGUCCGUGGAUCAAUUCCUCAUUGGCGCUCUGUGUAGCUACGGCAAAGGGCUGACGCUAUCGUCACAAGCUGAACUGGACAUGGUCUUUCGUGUCUUGUCGCUGUGGCUCAAUAACCAGCGCAAAGCGGAUAUCAAUCGCGUGUUCAUCGAGGACAUCAUCGACAUGGUCCCGUCGUACAAGCUCGUGCCUCUGUCCAGUUCCAGUGACACUGGCACGUUCCAAACAGCUCUCCGUAAACUAGUGAUGAAGCUGAGUGUACAGCAUCCUCAUCACACUCUGGUACAGCUCAUUGCAUUAAAGAACAGCGGAGAUGUGGAAGGCAAAGGUGCGCUGCAGUUCCGAACAAAUGUUGGAGACAAUUUAGCGGAAGGCGCGAAAGUUUAUUUGACGGAAUUGAGGACGACAGAGCAGCGGGAACUGCUGGAGUCACUCGACAGCAUGGCUAACGCGUACGUUCAGUUAGCGUUGUUUGACACGAGUGCGCAUCACGGCCAGAAGAAGAAGAUUCCUCUGUCCAAAGUCAACAUAUUCGAGACCAACUCCGGAAGAUCAGGAGGGACGCCGUUCGAUCAGUGUCUUCGCGUUCGUGCGCGACGUGGCGAGUCUGUGGCUAUGCCGGCAGUGCUGACGUCCACUAUCGCCCCUCAAGCUGACCUGGACUACUCGAAUGUGGCGCGAAUGCACUCGUUCGAGCCCCAGUUUUCCAUCACAGAUAGUGGUAUUCACCGUCCGAAGAUCAUUUAUUGCUACGGUUCGGAUGGCAAGCGCUACAAACAACUAGUGAAAGGCCAAGACGAUACGCGACAAGACCUGGUGAUCGAACAAGUGUUCGAGACAAUGAACCAGUUUCUGAGCGAGGAGAAAGCCACGCGUACUCGAAAGCUACGACUACGCACCUACCGAGUUGUGCCGCUAUCUCCUAUCGCAGGUGUGCUGGAGUGGGUGGAGAAUACGAUCCCGUGGGGGUCGUAUCUAGUCAAUCGAACGUCCAAACGAUUGUCGGCUCAUGAACGGUAUCAUCCUCACGAAUUGAAACACAGCGAGUGUCGUCAUUUUCUGAAGAAUGCACCCGAUAAACUGGCGGCGUAUAUGGAGAUCCAGAAGAAUUUCACGCCAGUGUUUCACCAUUUCUUCUUGGAGAAUUUCCCUGAUGCUGCCGUGUGGUAUCGUCGUCGAUUGGCGUAUGUGCAGAGUGCCGCAGUGACGUCCAUUGUGGGUUAUAUUCUGGGUAUUGGUGACCGUCACUCGCAGAAUAUUCUGAUCCAUGAAGAGACUGGAGAGCUCGUACACAUCGACUUUGGUGUCGUGUUUGACCAGGGGAUGGCUCUGUAUACUCCUGAGACGGUGCCUUUCCGACUCACACGCGAUAUGGUGGACGGUAUGGGCGUAUCUGGAGUGGACGGCGUGUUCUCUCGAUGCUGUGAAGUCACGCUGCAAUUGUUGCGCAAGAAGAGUGCCUCUGUUGUCACGAUCCUCGAGGUUUUUGUGCACGAUCCGCUGUAUCGAUGGACGUUGUCGCCGUUGAAAGCUCUGCGGAUUCAAGGAGGAGAACAAGGAUCAAAGGCUAUGCACUCGCGGAGCUCGAGUCGGAAUAGUAGCUCCAAUGGAACUAUCAGUACAAGUGACGGACAACUGGAGGAGGACAUGCACGCGGAGCCUGGUGGUACUGAUGCUGCAGCUCGAGCGUUGAUUCGAGUCAAGCAAAAACUCGAGGGAUACGAAGACCCUAACGGCAGUGCGUUGAGCAUCGAAGGACAAGUGAAACAGCUGAUGAGUGUGGCUCAAGACCCACACAACCUCUGUAAACUCUUUCCCGGGUGGGCUCCGUGGCUCUAGACGGUUAGCGCCUGUGUUCAAGACAAUGUCAUCCAAGCGAGAAGUACGGACGUCAACUGGCGAGACAGCGACGGAAUAUAAGGAACGCAGAGACGCC